AUGAUUCAACCGAACUCUGAAGGUAUCAUACCAUCUCAUAUGGACAACAAGGAGAAGACACUUGGAUCUCAUAAUGUCGCGAUUCUCGAUACCGAAGAAUAUCACGAUAAUGAUAAUGAGAAGAACAUCCAGCAUGCGAGUGGAAGUGGAUCAUCAAAUUCGAAAGAUAGAGAUCUCGAUUUACUUGAACAUGCUGAGAAAAUCGAUUUGUCCCAAGUCGAUCCGGCUGUACUGAAAAGGGUAUUAUGGAAAAUUGAUCUUGUACUUAUGCCAGUCAUGAUGUUUUGUGAAUUCUUUCAAUUCCUCGAUAAAUCAAGUAUAUCAUAUGCGAAACUUUUCGGUAUCACCGAUGCGACUGGUAUGGUUGGUCAACAAUUUGCAUGGCUCGGUUCCAUCUUCUAUAUUGGAUAUCUGUUUUGGCAACCCUUCACAGCAUUCUUACUUGUUAGAAUCCCGAUCAGGAUGCAUCUUACCGUCAUUGUGUGUCUUUGGGGAGUCAUUCUAGGAUGUAUGGCGGCUUGUAAGAAUUUCGCUUCUUUGGCUGCUCUCCGAUUCCUCUUAGGUAUGGCCGAAUCAGCUAUGAUUCCUAUUCUAGGUACCAUCACGGGUAUGUUCUACACAAGAGAAGAACAGGCAACAAGAGUAGGAAUAUGGUUCGGUUCCGUUGGUCCAUCCCAAAUUUUCGGUGGUCUAAUUGCCUACGGAAUGUAUUCAUUGAAAUCAAACGUCAUUGAAAAAUGGCAAUUUAUCUUUAUCCUUCUUGGUCCAGUCACAUUCGCUUUCGGCAUCUACAUUGCCAUUGUCAUCCCCACUUCACCAGCUACAGCAUGGUUCCUUUCUCCUCAAGAACGACUUAUCGCCUUGGAAAGAAUCAGACAUAACAAGACCGGAACAGCUACUACGAAAUUCAAGAUGAAUCAGGUUUAUCAAGCUUUCAAAGAUCCUAGAAUAUACCUUGCCGCGCUAUCUGUUUUAUGUGCUAGUAUACCCAAUGGAGGAAUAUCAAGUUUCGGAGCUACUAUCAUUGCUGGAUUUGGAUUCGAUACGAAGGAGACUACACUUGUUGGGAUGUCCACUGGAGCAAGUGAAACGGUUGCUAUGGCCGUGGCUGUCAUUUUAUCAAGGAAGAUGAAAAUGAGAGCUCUACCUGCAAUCAUAUGUAUUGGCGUUGCUAUAGUCGGCGCCGCGAUAAUGGUAGGAAGUCACAACAGGAAUGCUCAAAUGGCAGGUUACUGCCUAGUCUUUUGGUGGGCUACAGGUCAAAUGUUAUUCAUCCCCUUGAUGCAGAGUAUGAUAUCUGGACAUACGAAACGAUCAAUGUUUUAUGCCUUGUAUCAAAUUGGUUAUGCUACUGGUAACAUUGUUGGAGCUCAGAUUUAUAGGGCUAAAGAUGGUCCUGCAUAUAUUCCUGCUAAAAUUACCAUCUUGGUUACUAUCUCUUUACAUGCUGCUACCCUCGGAGCCAUCGCUUUGAUCCACAAGUACUGGAACAAUCAAAACGCCAAAAAGGUCCAACAUGUCAUUGAGGAAGAAAAUAUCGAGUUUAAAGAUCGAACGGACAAAGAGAUCCCUUCUUUCGUAUACCCCUACUGA